AUGCAUCAACCACCAGGAAAUACACUGCAUCAAGUGUAUGCAGGUAGUAAUCUUGAUGACGUAACACUAGUAAAAGAAUUCAGUGGUUAUACGAGUACAGAGCAGUGGCUAACAUCAACGUUCAAUCCACCCUUAGAAAAUACUCGUUUCAUUCAAAUAAAAUCAAUUAAGAGUCCAUCAUGGAUUGCUUGGCAAAAAAUUUUUAUCUAUGGUCGAAAAGUUAGUGAUGAUCAAAUACCAUGUACUGUAAUGAAAUUUACUGAUAAAAAUAGACAAUAUUAUACAGUAAACUUUCGCGAAGACGGUGUUCGAGGUUAA